GAAAACACACAAAUCACUUGUACAGUCGCAAGGUUCUUUCUUAUCGAAGUUAAGUCGAAGUUUUGCGAAAGUUAACGAAUAAUGUAGCGACGCGGUCAAUAUAGCACAUUUUGCUUUUAAACCACGGUCGUCCAAUAUUUUUUAAGCGGACUUAUGUAAUUUUCUCUUGUGAGAAAGUAAAGAAAAGAAGAGGACAAGUCACUAUUGUUUCGAGCUGGAUCGCCUAACGGUUCCCAGAUUUCCUGUUCCUGCGUGGAAGAAUUACCGAGGGCCGCUAACGAGAGAUUGAGAGGCAGUGACGCAAAACAAACAAUAUACGAAAGCAGCUGUGUGGAGUGACGCUCAGGACUCUGCAGCUCUGACACUCAUGGGUUUACCAGCCCCUGUCAACAUUCAGCAGAGGGACAGUCGCAGACUUGACCACUUUGGGUGACUUUUAUUCCGUCCACCUCUUCUCGCCCUACUCAAUUUCGACAUUUUUUUUUUUUUUUUUUUUUUUUUUUUUUGCUUUCUUUUGUUGACUCUUGUUUUUAAACGCAACCAUUUUUUCGGGAACAAAACUGGGAUUGUCCCUCAUAUUAUGCACUUCCAUGGAUACCAGUGGCUCAGUGGUUAGCAUGCGAGCUGAGGACCAGUCCUAUCAUGUCCGCUACAGGAUGGAGGUGUCCUGUCUGGAGCUAGCUUUGGAGGGUGAGCGGCUCUGUAAGGUGGGUGACUACAGAGCGGGCGUCUCCUUCUUUGAAACUGCCAUCCAGGUGGGCACAGAGGACUUGCAGGUACUCAGUGCCAUCUACAGCCAGUUGGGUAAUGCCUACUUCCACCUGCAUGACUACGCCAAAGCCUUGGAGUUCCAUCGACAUGACCUCACCUUAACCAGGACAAUUGGUGACCUGCUUGGAGAAGCCAAAGCAAGUGGAAACCUCGGUAACACAUUAAAGGUCCUGGGGAGGUUUGACGAGGCCGUGGUUUGCUGUCAGAGGCACUUGGACAUAGCCAGGGACAUUAAUGACAAGGUGGGGGAGGCACGGGCUCUCUACAACUUUGGUAAUGUGUACCACGCUCAAGGCAAAAGCAUCUGUUGGAGCGGGGCUGAGCCUGGAGAUUUCCCUGAAGAUGUCAUGAUGGCACUGAGGAAGGCAGCAGAGUAUUAUGAGGAAAACUUGGCGAUAGUUAAGGAGCUUGGAGACCGAGCUGCCCAGGGUCGAACGUAUGGAAACCUUGGAAACACGUAUUACUUGUUGGGAAACUUUCGCAAAGCUGUGGCUUCUCAUGAGCAGCGUUUGCGUAUAGCUAAGGAGUUCGGUGACCGCUCGGCGGAGAGACGGGCUUACUGCAACCUGGGGAACGCUUAUAUCUUUCUGGGGGAGUUUGGAGUGGCAGCUGAACACUAUAAGAAAACACUGCAGCUAGCGAGGAUGUUGAAGGACCGAGCUGUGGAGGCACAGGCCUGCUACAGUCUAGGUAACACCUACACACUCCUGCAAGACUACGAGAGAGCCAUAGACUAUCACCUCAAACACCUCAUCAUCGCUCAGGACCUCAACGACAGGAUUGGGGAGGGACGUGCUUGCUGGAGUCUUGGAAAUGCUCACACAGCUCUGGGCAACCAUGACCAAGCAAUGCACUUUGCUGAGAAACACCUGGAGAUCUGCAGAGAGACUGGAGACAGGAGUGGGGAGCUGACAGCUCGUAUGAAUGUAUCUGAUCUCCAGACGGUUCUGGGUCUGAGCUAUACCACAAAUAACUCCACCCUGUCAGAGAAUAAAGAUAUAGACUACAACCUGCAUGGAGCCAGGCCCAGGAUGAGCAGACGACACAGCAUGGAGAACCUGGAGCUGAUGAAACUCACUCCAGACAAGAUGAAUGGUCAGAAGUGGAACAGUGACAUCCUGACCAAACAGUCCAAGCCCUCGCUGGCUAAGAGCUCCUCCAAGCUGUUCUUUGUCAACCGACUGCGUGGGAAGAAGUACAAGACUGGUAGCUCCAGUAAGGUUCUCCAGGACACCAGCAACACCCUGGAUACGAGCCAGACUCUGGCACAAGGACCACAAAAACGCCUCAGUCCCGACAUGCUCGGAGACGAGGGCUUCUUUGACCUCCUGAGCCGUUUCCAGAGCAACCGUAUGGACGACCAGCGAUGUUCAAUACAAGACAGAGGCAGCAGGCUGUCGUUAAACAGCGGCCCAGAGUCGCCUCCCAGAGCCAUCAGGAAAUGUGGGUCCUCACAGUCCACCAACGCACACCAUGAAGCCUCACAGUCACACAUUUUCAUUUUUGUUUUAACUGUUGAUUUUUCUCUAAACGUAAUAGCUUUGUCAGAGUCCGCCAACGUCUCGGGCGCCCAGGGGAAGCGGUUAGAGGAGUCGGCAGCAGGGGGAAGCCUCCCCGGCCUCAGGCUCAAUCAGAACAGCAGCCAGGCCGUGCUCAGCCACCUGAUGGCCAACGCCGACAACGCUGAGCCUGACGACGACUUCUUCGAUAUGCUCGUCAAGUGCCAGGGGUCGCGUUUGGACGACCAGCGCUGUGCCCCUCCCCCGCCUCCCGUGCGAGGGCCCACCGUACCCGAUGAGGAUUUCUUCAGCCUCAUCAUGCGCUCUCAGGCCAAACGGAUGGAUGAGCAACGCGUCACCCUGCCCUCUACAGCGAGCGCUUCCAGGCCCAGCUCCAACUGAGUGGAUCAACAACGGGACAGUUUAUUCUUUUAACUUGAUGAAGGUGUGGACACUUGGGAUAAAACCCUUUCUUUUCUUGUCCUUUUGGACAGAACAAAGCACUAACAGCACUGUAUGUAGUACACAGGAACAAUCUCAAGUUAACAAGGACUUCUUAUACACAACUUGCACGCCAACAAACUAACAGUAGCAUCAGGGACAAAAGUGUUUGUUUUUUUUAAUCCUUGUUUUUAAUGAUUCUGUACAGCUGCUGCACAUUUCAUUUCACCAUUUGUGUAUUUUUGAAUGCACAACUGCAGUUGUGUUUGUAUUUAUUGUACUUUUUGUAAUUGUUGUGAACCUGUUAACUGCCGUCCCACCACUAUUAAGUAAUGUGUUUGUUCUCACAGUGGUGCAUGAGUCAGUGUGAACACAGAGGUACAGCACUCGUUCCAUGUAUUUCAUUUAUAUGUGAGGUUUUAGGUGUCGACGUUUGACAAAGGAAAAUAAAAAAAGCUAUUUUAAGGGACAAAAGAAUGAAUUUAACCCCUGUACAGUCGUUUGCUCUUUUGUAUUAAAUGUUUUGAGUAAGCCCCGAGGAAUAAAACUUCAUUCAUGUA